AUGGUGGCCGAUGCGUUGAGCCGUAAGGCGAUGACUGAUCUAAUAGUGAUGUUCGCUUUACUUAGUUUGUUCGACGAUGGAAGUUUGUUGGCUAAGCUGCAGGUUGCUUCUAAUAGACAGAAGUCUUAUGUUGAUCUAAAGAGACGUGAGAUUGAGUAUUCAUUAAGGGACUUCGUGUUUCUUAAGUUGGAGCUACCCUCUGAGCUGGACCGUAUUCAUGACGUAUUCCACAUCUCGAUGUUAAGGAGUUACCGCUCUGAUCCUACUUAUGUUGUCCCUGUUGAGGAGAUUGAGGUUAAGUCAAAUUUGACCUUCGAAGAGGAGCCAGUUCAGAUUCUGAAUCACGAUUUGAAGGUUCUUCGAAAGAAAUCUAUCCCAUUAUUAAAGGUGUUGUGGCGGAAUUAUAGCACUGAAGAGGCCACAUGA